AUGUCCACGAGAUCGCAGAAUCGUCACAGAAACCAGCUGUUAGUACCCCUUCAGAAAGAAAGUGUCUCUAAAUAUGUUCACAGUAAUGGACCGCAGGAUUUUGCCAUACCAGACCCUAUGGAUUUCAGUACUUGGACAGAAGAACAACUAAGAAAAUACAGAGAAAUGUACUUGAAUCCUAAUCGUGUGAUUUCACCGGACGUUAAAACAUUUCAAGGCUAUAUGUUGGAAGCCAAUAAGCUUGGCGAAUCUACUGAGGCAUACAUUAAGAACGAGCAGAAUAGAGAUCGUAACUUAUACGAGUAUAGAACUUACAGCGAUCUUCGAAACAACGUUGAAGAUCAUUUCAACAAUCAUUUGGCCGCCAAAGAAAGCGAAGUACUUGUUAAUUUUCUUUAUAAGGUCAAGAAUGAGGACAAGAGUUUCCGGUUGUACUUCGACAGGACUAACUAG